UUUAGAUUUUAUCAUACUGUCUUUAAACUGGUAAUUACAUGUAUAAUGAUGCAAAGUUAAAAUUUCUCAUAACAGCUAAUUUAGGAUCUUAUGAAGAACAAGAAAUGGACUUAAAGUGGAGCUGAGCACUAGUGUUGCAAAAGUCUUGCAAAAGUGUUUAACUGUCACUUUUUGUCCCUGUACACCUAAAACAUCAGUCUUACUGGUAUUUCAUAUGAUGGGCCAACACAAAGCAGAAUAUACACUGCAAACACACAAAAUCAUACAAAGUAUUUUUGGGUCAGUUCUAGUACAAAUAUCUUAGUACACUGAAAUAAGACAAUACUAACUUAGGAGAUACUUUUCAGCAAGAAAUAUAAGCAUGUUUUGAAUCAACAAUUCUUCAAUACAGAUAAAAAAAGUACUACUGGCUAUUUGUUUCACUCAUAGCAAGACAUCGUUCUUGUUUUAAGUGAAAAAAUCUGCCAUUGGAACUAUACUGUGGAACGACUGGAGACGAUGAUGCAAAGAAGGAUUCUUCAUAAAAUCAAGUAAAUUAUGGAGAACCCUACUAUACAAUAACAGUGAAUUUUCAGAAUUGCUGUAAUACAAAAAGCUACAGAAGAGCCUUCCUGCCCACAACCAUCAAUGUCAACAACAACUCUUUGAAGAAAAUUGUGUAAUAUAAGUUACAACAUAUAAUUUCCCUCUGAGAUUAAUAAAGUAUUUCUUGAAUUGAAUUGAUUCCCAAUAAAAUACACUGACAUGUGUGGUUGUAACAUGAGAAAUUACAAAAAUGUUAAAGGUGUAAAAAGUCAAGUAGAUAAUAUUCACCAUUUAUGUAAUCUCAUCUGCUUCCUCUUUUUUGUAGAUAUUUACAGAAACAUCUAGUGGGAAUUAUCAAGAAUAAGAUGCUCAACAGCGAUGAACACAGGGUGAAUUUCACAAGACAAUAUGACUUUCAAAACCAGUGCAGCGCUGGAGAUGUACAGUGUGAUUUUGUCUUUAAGAAGAAAGCAGAUGGAGUGGAUCAUCCAUUUCCAAACAAGGCUAUAAUCCACAGACGAGCACCUAGGAAACAAGUCCCUCUUGGUUUGGAUGAUUUUGAGAAAAUUUGUAUUUCAACACAAGAAAGGAGCCAUUUUUUGCCUGAAAAAUAUCAUUCUGAUGUCAUCAGAAAUACCACAGAUUCAAGGAAAACUUCCCAAAGAAUGCCCAGUGGAGAGCUGGAGAUGGAUGGAGAAAUUUAUGCCAAAGAGCGAAUACUGCUGGAGAAGUUGGGGAAGGUAGAGCAAACAAUAAGGAAAUCAAUACAGUAUGACUGUAGAGACACACAAACAGGUGAUGUGUUCAAGAGCAGAUUUGAGGGGCAACACAGUGAAGAAAGCAAACAGGAAAAACCUAAAAAAUCCAAGAUAUCUCACUUUAUGGACAUAGAAGAAGCAGACUGCCAUGGCAACUUUACCAGAUCAAGAAAUAAAGAAAAUCCCAGAACUGGAGAUCAAAUGAGAAACACAUAUGAAGUACAGCAGGCCAGUGGGGAAGUCAGUAAACAAAGAGCGAAAAGUAUAACCCUGCAAGCAAAAGAGCCCCUCAGAGGAAAAACUGUAGGUGAAAAACAUUACAAAAUAUGGGAAGAAGUAAAUGAAAAACACAGUGAACAAAACCAGCCUUUUCUGGGCAACACAACUUGGACAAGAGAGAAGGAAUACAAAAAGAUGCUUCAUAAGAGUCCCAAUGGUUCAGGUGAUAAGCAGAACAUACACCAGAAGAGUGUUCUUAACCCUGUUCAUAGAAUGGCCACAGAAACCCAAAGAAGAGAAGAGAGAAAACUGUCUACACAAUCAGCUCCACCACUGGUUUCCAACUGGUCUCAAAGAAACAAAGCUCAACAACUGGCAGCGCUCACAGAGACUUUUAUGGCCGAUGACAACUUGAAGUUUCUUCCCUGCGAAACCUGCAACAGGAUGUUCCGAAGUGAACGGCUGGAGUCACAUACCCAGAUCUGUACAAAGCUGAAAAGAUCUCGUCCAGUUUAUAACACAUCUGCUUAUAGGAAGAAAGGAAUAAAAUAAGGAGAGUAUUGGAAAACUCACAUCACAAGCAAAAGUUCAGUGGUCAUGAGGAAGAAAUUACAAUAUCACAAGGAAAGAUGUGACCUCUGCAGGGGUCAACUCCAAGCUGGAAAUUAAAGGCCAAGAUGACCCAAAUAAAACAUGGACCUUCAGAUUUCCUGCUAUCAAAUGAUUUCCUGAUUCAGCAUUUUGUGAUUGCAAAUUUUCUUC